AUGGCUACCAAAUUCAAUCUAUCUGUCGCAUCGGCGCAAGAGCGCAGGCCCGUCCGACACGAUAUCAAUGAAGACAAAAAGUUUGAGAAGCUUAGAAAUAUGUACUUGUACACUAUGAUGUUUCUCUCGAUAGCUUCUCCCAUUCUUUACGAAUCCUCUCUCUUUGCUUGGUUUAUAAAUAUUCUUUUCACGGUUACUCUCAUGGUAGCUGUUGUUCGGACACAUCCUGAAGAGAUUAAAAAGUUUGGCCCUGUGAUAUUGCCGACAGCCAGCUUGUUCCUGGUGAUGAUAGUGUUCACAAGUCGUGUAUCGCUAUUGGAGAUUAUGCCUUGGAUACCAUUUGCGUUUUCCAUGUGGCUUUUGAUUACCGUUUACUCUUGUCCAGCGACGGUAUCACUUGUUCAAGAAGUCCUUCAAGGAGCCAGGCUGGAUUUACCAAAACAUGGCCAUUACAUCCAUAACUUUACCUGGGAUGUCGAGGAAGGCCAGAACCAAGCUCCAAGCUUUGGUUUUAAUAAAAAGGAGCCACUGAGACGCGUAUCGCAGUCUACAAUGGAUCACGAGCUUGCAUUCAUGGGUCGUCCUACUUCAAUCAUAAGCACAACGUCCAGUGAUAUUGAUUUAGACGAAGGUAAUGCGACCGCAAGGUUGGUAGGCGCGAGACUUCUGUCCCACUUUGGGGAAGAUAGUCGCGAAUCCAUGAAAUUUCUGGAUGAAUUGAGGCUCCACUCACAAGACAAUUUUACAAACUCCCUGGGGACUUCAGAUGAUUCCUUGAUAGGCCACUACUCAACAACAGGGUCAGCAAUCCACGACCAUACAUGA